AUGGCUACUUCGCAUCUGCCUCAUCCACUGAACCUGUCCUCGUCGCCCCCCAUCUUCAUCCUUCCAACCCACCUGAAGCCACAAGAACUUCACGACACAGAAGACCUGAUCAUUCAAUCCGGAGGCCACUUGACGUUUGAUGCCAAAGAGGCAAGAGUAUUCAUCGGCCGGGUUGCCCAGAAGAAGCGCGCUGCUUUUGAUCUACGGGCCAGGGGAGUAUGGACUGAAGAGGCAGCCUUACCCGAGGUCAGCUCCAACGGGAAUGAAGAUCGUGAACCGGCAGCAGAGGAAGGUCCAGAGAGGAAGAAAGCCAAGCUUGCAGACCAUACUAGGAAUUCCCGGCCUUCAACAAGGCGAAGGCGGCCCAGCUCAAGCACAAUCUCGGCUUCUUCAGAUGUAUCUCAGAACAAUGCUGCCUCUUCACCGGCCCAAGUGCUCUGGCCUGAUCUUUCCACCCACAUUCUCAUUCUUAAACUCUCCUGGCUGGAAGCGUGUCUCAAGGAGGAACAUCUGAUUCCAUACCGACCUUACGUCGUCUAUACUGCAAGAAUCAUCCCUAAGCCUCCAGGCGAAGUCUCUCCAAAAUCACAAGUAUCCCUGUCGGCAUAUUUCAAGGUAGGAUCCGGAUCCCAGUCGCAAACCGUCACGUCACGAAGAGCAUCCAAACCGGCAGUGACAGCAUCUAUCCUAGAACGCGCAAAAGCUGAAGCAGCAACUCUCCCCUCCUCGUCUCGCCGCCGUUACGGCGAUCAUGCACACCACCACUCUUUGGCACAAACGACCACCACCAAACACAAACCUAAACUUCACCGAACUACAACCUCCGAACUUGAAUACCAAGCCGAGCAUCCUCUGCCUCGUCUUCCAGACUGGGCAGUUGGCCCAUACGCGCCUUACGCGUGCUGCCGCUCCACAUUCAUGCACUCCCCCAACGAUGCCUUCAUCGCCCAACUCACCAAAAUCAGGGACGGUCGCACACUCACGCUGGAUGAUAUCGGUGUCCGCGCCUAUUCGACCUCGAUCGCCUCGAUCGCCGCCUAUCCAUAUCACAUUACUCAGGCCGAGGAAAUCACCCGCUUACCCGGGUGCGAAUCAAAAAUUGCAGCGCUGUGGCGUGAAUGGGAAGACUCUGCUCCGCCGGAAGCCGACGAUUCGGAAAGAUUCAUCCAAGUUGUCCGCAACUCGGACGCUGAUCCGGACCUUCAACACCUCCGACUAUUCUGGAAUAUCUGGGGCGUCGGGCCGGAAACGGCGAGGAAGUUUUAUUUUGAGCAUGGCUGGAAGGAUAUGGAUGACGUGGUGGAGUUUGGGUGGUCGACAUUGACUCGCGUGCAGCAAAUCGGAGUCAAGUAUUAUGAUGAGUUUUUGCAGAAGAUUCCCAGGGGCGAGGUGGAGUCGAUCUCGAGCGUGAUUCUGUGGCAUGCACGAUCUGUUCUUGAGAUCCCGGAGCAGAAGUAUGGCACAAAGGAGGAUGCAGAACUCAUCAUUGUCGGCGGAUAUCGACGUGGGAAGGAAUUCUCGGGAGACGUGGAUGUCGUUCUAUCGCAUCGGGACCAUUCCAAGACCGAAAAUUUAGUCGUGGACGUGGUGAGGAGUCUCGAGUCGGAGGGCUGGGUUACGCACACGUUGACGCUGAAUACCACCACUAGUGAUCGUGGGCAGACAACGUUACCAUACCGAACCGGCCACGGGCACGGCUUCGACAGCCUGGAUAAGGCGCUCUGUGUGUGGCAGGAUCCCAAUUACGAAGGCAAGGACCCAGAAGCGGACGAGGAUGCAGCCAGGAAAAAGAACCCAAACAUCCACCGCCGCGUCGACAUCAUCGUCUCGGCCUGGCGCACCGUCGGUUGUGCAGUGCUCGGCUGGAGCGGUGGCACGACCUUUCAACGGGACGUGCGACGCUUCGUGAAGAAGAUGCACGGCCUGAAAUUCGAUUCCUCGGGCGUGCGCAACCGUGCGAACGGACUCGUCCUGGACCUUGAGGCGCCCAGGCCAAGGGGGAACAAGGACGCCGUGGAGAUGGUCCUGAUGGGUAAGACUCUCCAACGGAGCGAUUUCGACGCCGGCGAGGAAUGGGACGAUCAGGAUACCUGGUCGGAUCGUGAGAGGAGGCUCAUGGAGGGGCUGGGCAUUGGGUAUAGACCGCCCGAAGAGAGAUGCACGGGUUGA